CGCGUCGCGGAGACCACAUCGCGGCGAGGCACUCGCGCGAGAAUGGAGAUGCCAGCGAGUGCACGGUGUAAAAUCGCCAAUCGGGGACACACGGUCUCUUGAUACGUCGGAACAGCGCGAGAUCGGAUCCGAUCGAUAAGAGAGAGAUGAUGCUGGCGAAUAAGACGAUCGAGCGGAAAGAUGAAGCGCGAAUACGCAACUCGUUCUCGCCUCGCGACCGACUUUCAUGCUUUCGUGCUGUUGUUCGUGAGAGCUCGACUCGUUGAGCACGCGUGUUCCCCGCUGUCCGAUCGAAUCGGGAUCGUCCGCUCGGCAUUCGUUCGCUGGCUGAUCGCAGAUGCGCCGAUGAGGCGGCUCGCGUUUCUAAACCCAUCUACCGUUCCCUCGCUUACGUUUACGCUUAAUCCGGCAGCGAGACGAUCACUUUACUACGCAAAUUUCUUUACGGCACAUUCAGGCAUAGCAUGGAGCUUUCGAUUCCCAUCUAUGGAUACUCUGCAGAACUUAGGUACCAGCGGCCGACGGCGCAAGCGAGACGGCGGCUUGGCAUCGUCGGACUCGUGUAAGGAUCUCCGGCAGAAGAGACACACGAUACACCUGCAGCCGGAAGUGAUCAUCCAGAAGGAGCCCUGCUUGAUCGUGACUCCGCCGUCACCUGAUCAUCUCGCCGGGAGCAGGCCAGGGACACCGCUGGGAGACGGCACGGGCGGCGCGAGGGAGAAUCGCCACGCAUGUCCUCGAAGUGAGCGGGACUCGCCCUCGACGAAGGCGCCGGAGAGCAACAACAACCAGUCCCCGCCAAUGGAGCCGCCCGAGGAGUCCACCCGCAAGCUCCUGGAGAGAGAGCUGCGGCUGCUCGAUCCGCGAGAUUUACGAUCGCACGCGUGGUACCACGGCAGCACGCUGCGCGGCGGCCGAAAAGGCGCGGAGGCGGAAGUGCCGAACGACGGGGAUUUCUUGGUGCGCGACUGCGCCUCCCAGCCCGGCAAUUACGUCCUCACCGUGCGAUGGAAAGGCCAACCGCUUCAUUUCGUCAUCAAUCGGGUCGUGAUUCAGCCGGACACGGUGUACGAGAGAGCGCAAUACCAGUUCGAGGAUGAGGCCUUCGACACAGUCGCUGACCUCAUCACUUUCUACGUCGGCAGCGGCCGGCCGAUCAGCCAAGCGAGCGGGGCACGCAUCGUCACCCCGAAGCCGAGAACGGUCCCGUUGACGUGCGUCGCCGGGCCCACGAGUAACCAGCACUGCUCUAGUCCUUCGUCGUCCUCCCUGUCCACCGGAUCGCCGCCCCGUCUACCCAGGAAGCAGCAGCGCAGUCACUCACUGACCGCUCAACACCACGGCAUCGAGCAGCACGCCGUUCGAGAGGGCAACCAGCAAACGACACCGCAGUUACCUGUCCAGUCCAGCACCCUACCGCGAGUACCGCCUAUUCAGAACCAACCGCCCUCCUGCUCCCUGUCCCUCGGUCGCCAGAAGAUCACCCGGGUGAUAUCAGACUCGGCGUUGCAGCAACAGCAACAACAGCAGCAGCAGCAGCAGCAGCAACCACCGCCGAGUCUGAAUCAUCAGAAUACCCUGAGCACGGCGCCGCCCAAGCCUCCCAGAGUACCUUACGUGCCGAACCAUCAGCACCAUCAUCAUCACCAUCACCACCACCACCAUCAUCAUCACCAAGGCUAUCAAGCCUCCGGCAGUGACAGCGGCAAUGGAUCCGGCGACAGCGAGUUCGAGACCAACAACUCCGGCGGCGCCAGCAACCCGUCCUCCUCGAUGCCGAUCAAGGGCGUGGUGAUACGCAGCCACUACAACACCAGCAACGACGGCACCAACGGCAACAACGGCAGCGAGUACGAGCUAUCCGCGGAGGAGCAGCUGGUCGUUGCCGCGCCGUCGCUGGAGAUCGCCACGAUGCUCGACAUCGAGGGCUUCGCCACGUUGCUGUUGCCGGCCGGCGAACACAGACCUCUCGACCCGACCGCCUUGAGAGGAGUCUCGGGGAUGCUGCUGGACUCGGCGCCGCGGGUGCUAGCCUCUCACCUCACGCGAAUCGACCUCGAGGUAGCGCUUCAGCCGGGCACGGGAAAUAGGAGCGGACUGAGCGGAAUCGAGCUCGCGACCUUGCCGCACGGCAGGCAAGCUAGAAUAGAUCUGAUCGAGAGAUCGGAGUGCCUGAAGCUGCUGGUGGCGGUCACCGUGUUAGCCGGCGCCACGGCUAUAGAAAGAGCGGCCACUAUCAGCAAGUGGAUCAAAGUAGCAAUCGACACCAAAACUGCCCUCGGCAAUCUCUACGGCUUCUGCGGCGUGAUGCUCGGUCUAUGCCUGCCGCAAAUUCAAAGGCUCGCUAACACGUGGCACCUGCUACGUCAGAAACACACGGACGAGGCUUUCAGCUUCGAGGCGAAGCUCAGACCCACUCUGCGAGCUAUGAACGAGUGCACCAAUCCCCAGGCACCCAACACUACACUCCCGCAUCUCUUACCGAUCGCCUUACUCGGAGAACGCGGACCCGAAGACGUUUUAGGCACAGUGACACCUUCCGGACUCGCAGCAGCGAUUCUUUCGCCAUGGGAGAACUCCGCGCCCGAUUGCGGCCUCUCGAUCGUCUGGUCGCAUCUCGAGGCCGCUCGCAAGCUGGCCGAGAGCUUGCCACUCUUUCGCAGGAACGCAGAGAUCGCCCUGGAAGGCUGCAGAAGCGACGAGCUGCUGUCCGACGCCUUUCGCACCGAGUUUCACAUCAAGUUCCUGUGGGGUAGCCGCGGUGCCACCGUUGCUCCGGAGGAGCGUCACCUCAAGUUCACCCAAGUCUUGGACGCGAUGUACGAUAAGUGCGCGGCCAGCGAGGUGACUGCUUAGAAGACAACACGGCGGAUUUCCGUACUCCACCACCCCACAGAACUCCCCUAUCUUCGCGUGGACGAACGUCCGAGAGAGAUAUUCGUGGACUCUUUCCCGGUCUUUCGUAAUAUCCGAGCACGUCGGCUAGCGCGACAGCGGAGCGCGAGAUCAAUCAAAAAAUUAUCCCGUAUGUUAAUUAACGCGGCGUUCAUCUAAUCGCUAACUACUGAUGUAAUCUCGAAUCGUGUAAUAUCGUAGAGCAUAUCCCAAGAAUAUCAAACGUUUCAAAUUCUUCCACCUGACCCAACGCUUGUCCCGAUCAUUGCACCAGCGAAAGUGCUCCAAAGAAUCGCGAUCGAGAGAAUCGAUCGAAGCUUACCUUUACCGUUUGAGUACUUAACUUUAAUUGACAGUGUCAUUCGAUAAUGUUAUGUUGUAAGUGUUGUUCAUACAUUUGUUCAUACUUAAUAUACAAAAUGAAAAAAAAAAAAAAAAAAAAAA